GCCAAUUGCUGGGCUGGCUGGUUUUCUAUAGAGCUGAGCUUUAGGAUUUUCUAACCAGGAUUUACGCUCCCGCGAGAGUCGACAGAGAAAGCGAGAGAGAGGCCUAAGAGAGGUCACUAUGAAGGGCUUGUAUUGGCAGCAGAAUACCUCUGGAGAAGAAACAAGUUUUGUCUUCCUGGAAAAGGAUAAUGUUCCUGUUGUGAGAGACAACUAUGUGAAAGUGCAAGUUAAAGCCUGUGCUCUUAGCCGGAUUGAUACGAAGCUUUUGUCAGAACUCAAGAUGGAGAAGGAAUUUCUACCUGUUGGGAGGGAAAUUGCUGGUGUUGUGUUGCAAAUUGGAAAUAAAGUAUCCUCUUUUCAGCAACAUGAUGAAGUAGUGGGAAUUUUGCCACUGGAUUCAGAAGAGUCUGGUUUGUGUGAAGUUAUACUGGUUCAUGAGCAUUAUUUAGCUCAUAAACCAGAAAAGGUGUCCUGGUUUGAAUCAGCAGGGACCAUUCGUGAUGGUGUUCGUGCAUACACAGCUCUACAUUAUCUUUCCUAUGCCUCUCCUGGAAAAACUGUGCUGAUAAUGGAUGGUGCAAGUCCAUUUGGUACAAUAGCUAUUCAGUUAGCACAACACAGAGGAGCCAAAGUAAUUUCAACUGUGUAUAGUCUUGAAGAUAAGCAGUAUCUUGAGAGGCUUACAUCUUCUUUGGGUGUCAAGCAAUCAUUAGUAGCUCGUAUUAUAGAUGAAUCAAAUGGAAAAUAUGACCUGACUGAAAGCUGUCUGGAGGAAACAGGCGGAUUGGGAGUGGAUAUCAUCCUUGAUGCAGGAGUGAAAUUAUACAAUGAGGAAAAUGAAACAACUUCACAGCUAUUGGUGCCACACAAAUGUGACAUCAUUAUGCUACUUAGUGUUGGAGGCCACUGGGUUACCAUGGAAGAAAAUCUUCAGUUGGAUCCUCCAGAUAGCCGUUGCCUUUUCCUCAAAGGUGCUACAGUCUGUUUUCUGAAUGAUGAAGUAUGGAAUUUGUCAAAUAUGCAACAAGGGAAAUACCUAUGCAUUUUAGAAGAUGUAAUGGAGAAGUUAUCAAGUGGUGUUUUCAGACCUCAUUUGGAUGAGCCAAUCCCAUUAUAUGAAGCUAAAGUUUCUAUGGAAAUGGUUCAGAAAAAUGAAGCAAGAAAAAGACAAGUUGUCCAGCUCUGAAGCUUCUAAGGCAGCUUGAAAUUUAAAAGUUGUGAACUUUGCCUAAAUUGCAUAUUUAUGAAGUAUUGUUCAGUGGGCUUCAACUAAUUUGUAAUACUGAGAGAAGAUUAUUUAGAAGUUUGGGGGAGAAAUUGAGGUUUCUGAUCCAUUAGUUUUCCCUGCACAAUGUCUAAAAUAUUUCUGUUAACUGUAAGUGGACUCCCUCAUAUUUGUCCUUUCUUCCUCUUUAAAAAUGAGUUCUGUGAAUAAAAGAGACAAUACUUGC